UGAUUGAGCGCGCUUGCGUUAUCCACUAUUAUAGCAUUUAUCUGUCAAAACUUGUUGCGAAUCGUCGUCACGUCACGACGCAAGUUAUUCAACCAUUUCAUUGUUUUAAAUCAAUCAAUUAUUCAUUGAAUGAUACGAAUAAGUCGUUGAAGUUAUUGAAACAGAGUGGUCAUAAAUACAAGUGUAAAUAACCUUAAACAAUAUAACCAAAAAAUAACUAAACAAAAUAAUUGAGAAAAAAUAAAUAAAUAUAUAUAUAUAUAAAUAUAUAUAGAUAUAUAUGAGUGAAAAAGUUUCGUGUGUUGUUAAUAUUACCAAGGGAUUGUUAAUUAAAUAUCCCUUAUAAUGUUAAUUAAGUCAAUAUUUUAUAUUCUUCUUAUCACAUGUGGAGUGAUAGCACGUAAUUUAGGUAAUAAUAAAACCUUAAGACAACAAUGUGAUCCAUCGGAGCUACCAGUUAAUUGUGGUAUUAAUCAAGGAUGUGAAGGAGCUAGUAAUAAUACUUUUUUUUGUAAUUGUUUACGAGAUUACAUAGAAUCUAACGGUGAAUGUAUAAAAGUUUCAACUACUGCGGCAGCCUCAACUGAUCCUAUAGAUCAAAAGACCAAUGAGAAAUCAUCGUCAGGUAGUUCAGUAGCUGCUGGUCUUUUAAUACCAACAUUUUUAAUCAUUUUCGGUGGUAUAGGAUUUUGCUGUGCCAAAAAAUAUAGAUUACUACCAUGUCGACAGAAUGUUUAUGGAAAUGUUUUGGUCACAAGAGAAGAAGAUGACGAUGAUGAUCCACCGAUUGCAUGAAACGAACAAAGACUGAUACAGUUAAUAUAAAA